CCCAACAAUCUGUGUUAGACAAGUCUACAAAAUCUGUCUCUAAAACUAUCGGGUUAAUCCUCUUUGUAGCUACUGUGCUAUGUUCAUCAACCCUUAUUGGUUCUUAUCUCAUCAAAUCCACCUCUUUCUUCAACUUGAAAUCAACAUCGAUCACAUAUUGAGAAAGUCAUGGACACAGCCAAUGUUAUCAAACUGAGGAUCAACAAUCCAAGGGAAGAAGCAGCUUUGCGGGAUUGUGUAGAGUUGAUGGACUUGUCCAUGGACAGAGUUUGGGACUCAAUGGUGGCUCUAACAAAAAAUACCAGCGAUUCGCUACAAGAUGCACACACAUGGCUAAGCAGUGUGCUCACUAACCAUGCAAGUUGCUUGGAUGGAUUAGAGGAGCCAGCAAAAGCCCUUAUGGUAGCUGAACUUGAGGACUUGAUAUCUAGAUCAAGAACCUCUCUAGCCAUGCUUGUUGCUGUAUUGCCUCCAAAAAUUCCAAAGGUUGGACAUAUCAUUGAUGAGACACUAAGUGAGGACUUUCCAUCUUGGGUGAGAAGUAAGGAUCGAAGGUUGUUGGAGUCUUCUGGUGAGAAUAUGAAGGCCAAUAUUGUGGUGGCUAAGGAUGGAAGUGGUAACUUCAAAACUGUUGCUGAGGCUGUGGCAUUCGCACCCAACAAGAGCAAGACAAGGUAUGUUAUCCAUGUAAAAAAAGGAACGUACAAAGAGAAUGUUGAAAUUGGUAAGAAAAAGAAGAAUGUAAUGCACCUUUAGGACGGCUACUGUUGGUAAGGACUAAGGACCUUCCCUACUCAUUCUCUGCAUUUGUGUUUUGCAUUUCUGCUUUUGCCCCAUACUAUUUCCUAUCACUGCUCUUGCUAGUUAGCAUCUACGUACAAUUUAUUUUUUUUAAUAGAAAAAAGGCUAUUAAAAAUUUAAAAGAUACGUACUAAUA